AUGUCAUCUGUAGGGCAGCUGGUGCCGCAGGUGACUCGCGGGCCACCGAACAUGACCAUAAAGUUCAGUGGACCGCACAUAGAAGGCUCGUACUGCUCAAUGAUCAAUUACAACUAUGAUCCGGUUAUCAGCGUCAUCUGUGCAAUGUACAUUGUGUUUGGUAUCGUCUACACACUCUUUGGAUACCGGUGUUUCAAAGCGAGCAUGUUUCUAACGGGUUUCACGUUCGGGUCGGCGAUAGUUUAUCUAAUAUGUCUACAGGAGUACUUGAUGCCGCCUUAUGGGAACGUUGGUGUGGCGGUGUGUGCGGGGCUCCUGUUCGGGCUAAUAACCAUGCUGAUCCAGUACGUGGGCCUCUUCAUGACGGGCUUCCACACGGGCCUGUUACUCGCCGUCGCCGGUCUAGCCAUAUACGACCACUUCCUCGAUGCCAGACCCAACACGUACUGGUUGUGUGUGGUCACGCUGCUGCUGUCCGGGAUCUUCUUCGCGGUCAUCAACCUCUACUGGAAAAAAACGCUGACGGUGUUUGGUACGAGUGUGUACGGCGGCGCCGUCAUCGCCGUUUGCCUGGACUACUUCCUCGAACGCAUGGUCAUGAUCAAGUGGGUGUGGGAGCGCGCGAAGCUCGAGCCGGCAUCGCCGCCGCCGUGCCGGCUGUCGUGGCUGGCGCUGGCCGCGUGGCCGGCCGCCGCGUUCGUGGGGCUCGUGGCUCAGGCCGCGCUUACCGCCGCCGGCACGUACCACGAGCAGAGUAUAAGCGCUCAAAAGCGUCGUCUGAAGGCACAGGCGUCGAGGCCGGUGACGCGCGAGCAACGCGCCGAAAUUAAGCAGCGCAAGUACCGCUACCUGUACCAGGUGCGCACGGCGCACGGCGACGUCAUAUCGCAGUCGUACGUCCAGGCGCUACAGAAGCGCGCCCAAUGCGCCUCCAGCUGGAGUGGCGAGUGCAGCACGCUGCAGAGCGACUCGACGCACCUCACCGUGCUCGCCGACCGCGACCACGCGCCCGACCACGACCACAACGACCACGAUCACGACCACGACCACGACCUCGACCACAUCCGCCUCGACCGCGCCGCGCACUAGACGUAUCUAGAUGUAUAACUUGUAAUCACUUCUAAACUGUACGUGCUGGAGUUCAAGGUCAUUUUUCCGACUACGCCCACUAUAA